GAAGUAGAUAGAAAUUCAUUAACUGGUGUACUAUCUGAACACCAUUUUGUGAAACUCAGAGAGCUAAAUAGUUUGUACAUUUCUUAUAACUUCCUCUCUCUGCACGUGAGCUCCUCUUGGGUUCCUCCUUUCCAACUAAGGCACAUUACGAUGGAUUCUAUCGAAACAGGGCCCCAGUUUCCAAAUUGGCUCCGGACCUAAAAGGAUAUUGAAGUGUUAUUCAUGCAAAAUGUGAGCAUUUCGGAUGCCAUACCCAGCUGGUUUGGACUGCAUUUUAAUUAUCUUAAAGCCUUAGAUAUCUGCCGUAACAAUUUGGAAGGAUCUCUAAAGUCAUUUGCAACAGUUGCCGAUGUUGAUAAAGAGGCUAUAAAAAUAGAGUCUCUUUACCUCGGUCACAACCGUUUCAUAGGUAGUAUCCCAGAAGACUUGUGCAGGUUGAAAACUUUAAUGGUUUUAGAUCUAUCCAACAACCAUUUGUCUGGAAGCAUUCCUUUGUGCUUGGGUAACUUGCGACAUUUGGUCGCCCUAAGUUUGUCAGAUAACAACCUAUGUGGUCAGAUCCCAAGUUCACUAGGUAACUUGGAGGAACUUGGUACUCUGCAUUUGAGUGGAAAUAAAUUUGAUGGGAAGCUUCCAUCUUCAAUGCAAAACCUGAUAAGAUUGCAAACCCUUGAUCUCGGAGAAAAUUGAAUACAGGAUAUUAUACCAGUGUGGAUUGGGGAAAGGUUAUCGGACUUGAAGUUUCUGAGACUCGAGUCAAAUAAUUUCCAUGGAGGUAUUCCUGAUAAAUUCUGCCAACUCUUACAUCUUCAGGUGCUCAACCUAGCACACAAUAAUUUAUCAGGAUCUAUUCCUCACUGCUUUAAUAACUUCACAAUGAUGGUGUCAAGAGAAGCAGCAUCAGCUGACUUGCUAAUGAGAAAUUAUUUUGAAUUAAUACUUCUAAACUUGAAGGGAGGAAGAGAACUUGAGUAUUCAAAUAACUUAUUGUCUGUUAAAUCGAUUAUCCUCUCAGCAAAUAAUUUAGUUGGUGAAAUCCCUGAUGAGAUAAUGGAUCUCGUUGGGUUGCAAAUUUUGAACCUUUCAAUAAACCAUCUAAAUGGGAGGAUCCCCCAGAAGAUUGGCAAUUUGAAGCAACUUGAAACACUUGAUUUAUCGACGAAUGAACUCAACGGGGAAAUCCCUCCAAGCUUGUCUGGUUUAAACUCAUUAAGCUCCCUGAAUUUGUCAUACAAUAAGCUAUCAGGACCAAUACCAUCUGGAAAUCAACUUCAGACCUUGACUGAUCCAUCCAUCUAUGAGGGAAAUAUUGGACUCUGUGGGAAGCCACUCAAUAGCUGCCCUGCAGACGAAUUGCCGACAGAAAAUGGACCUAUUCUUGAUAGUAAA